CCCGUAUACUCACCCAGCAUGUCCACCCAGCCCCUCCUCCAGCGUACUGCCAAGAAGCGUAUCGCCCUCCCCGUCCGCGUCGAGCCCAAGGUCUUCUUCGCCAACGAACGAACAUUCCUCUCAUGGCUCCACUUUGCAGUCGUCCUCGGCGGUCUCGCCGUCGGUCUUUUGAACUUUGGCGAUAAAGUCGGCAAAAUAUCCGCCGCAAUGUACACCAUCAUAGCCAUGGGCGUCAUGCUCUACGCCCUCGUCGUAUACCAGAUGCGUGCGCGCGCCAUCCGUCUCAGGACGGGCGCGCCUUAUGAUGAUAGGUUGGGGCCUACGAUGCUCUGCGUAGCGCUCUUGGCUGCUAUCGUGACAAACUUUAUCCUCAAGGCUGUAUACGAAUAAAAUCCCCCUCUUUCCUUCCCUUCCGCCUCUUCUGAAUUCGACCUUCUUCCACCCACUCCCCUCCAAACCCCCCUUCAGCUUCCUCUCUCCCUCCCCGACAAAUCAUUCUGUCCCCCAACUCCUCCGAUACCCGAUACAUGAAGAGCAGAGCAAAAAACAGUUGGUGCUUAGUAGAAGUCUAACGGAGGCGAUGGGAUAGUGGGCACGAGAGAGAAUAGUAAUGGCGAAAGAACCGAGGGGUG